GUGUCAAGCUAUCACCAAACACGUUCGAUUGACUAGGUUUAAUUUUUGUUAUUACGUCAUGAUGGACUUUUAUUUAGAACGUACUAGAAUGAUGGAGCACCAUACCGUCCUCCCACACAACCAGUUAUCAGUAUUUUACCCAAUGCGGCAACACAAUCCAGGCGACGACUUUCUAGAAAACCCGGCAGUCCUCGAUCUAUGUGUCAGAAAACGACCUUUGUCUCCAAAUUACCCUUAUGACUACAAACGAGCCCGGAGCUACAGUGAAGUCAGCUGCUACAGUCCAAAGUCAGACGUGUCAGAUGUAUCCAGUACCGAACAUAGAGAUACACAAGUAUCUUCACCGAAAAUUAAGUGUAGUAGACCUUUCAAAGCUUACACAAAAGAUCCGAUGUCAAUGCCAAUAUUAUCCACCACUCCAAAUAUGUUAGGUAAAGAUUCCUCAGAAGCUUACGCUGAAUUUAGAGAAAAAAUCUUAUCCAGAGCCCAAGCGAACCAUAACGGUACAAAUAAAAAUAUGAGACGAACUCAAACCACAAAUAUCCAAAAUUCAGAUCCUACCUAUUGGGAAAAACGGAAAAAGAACAAUGAGGCCGCAAAACGGUCUAGAGAUGCAAGAAGAGCGAAAGAAGACGAAAUCGCCAUCAGGUGUGCUUUUCUCGAGCAAGAAAACAUCCAGUUGAAAUUUAGUUUAGCAGCAUUAGAAAAUGAAAGGGAACGAUUACAGAGCAUUUUGUACCACUGA